GUCCACGCGCCCGCCAUGGCGCCCGCUCCGGCCGUGCUGACCCGGCUGCUGUGUGCAGGUGUGCGGCGCUGGCCAGGUUUCCUGCAGAAGGCGAUCCCGGGCCCUGCGGAGCAGAAUGGUAGGAAGGUCACGGGAGCCCCGGUCCCCGCAGUCAGCGAGCCCCAGGAUGGCGACGAUCUUUCCUGGCGUUUCCUCACAGCUUUGAGUUUCCCACUCCCAGGAGACUGGUGAGUCUUUGGUUGGUUGGUGAUGGGCCACAGUGUCUGCCCUUACUCUCUUUUUCAGAUUUCCAGAGCAGGAUCCUAGAUACGCCAUUACAGCAUUCGGAUUUCUUCAAUGUCAAGGAGCUGUUUUCUGUGAAGAGCCUCUUCGAGGCCCGAGUACACCUGGGACAUAAAGCUGGUUGCCGCCAUAGGGAGAAGGUGGGACAGGUUGAGCCACAAACCUGAUUGUCUGUGCGCAAGUCCACACCUGUGUCCCCAGCCCAUCACUCCCUAGGCAGGAGUAGUGGGAGUUGGUAAAUGUUUAUGGAGCCGUACAUCUUUGGGAACCGCCUGGGCCAAGAUAUCAUCGAUCUGGAUCAGACAGCCUUGAAUCUCCAACUGGCUUUGAACUUCACCGCGCACGUGGCCUACCGCAAGGGCAUCAUUCUGUUUGUGAGCCGGAAUCGUCAGUUCUCUCACUUAAUUGAGACUACAGCCCAGGCCUGUGGGGAGUACGCCCACACCCGCUACUUCAAGGGUGGCUUGCUGACUAACGCACAACUCCUCUUUGGGCCUUCAGUCCGCCUACCAGACCUCAUCAUCUUUCUGCACACACUCAACAAUGUCUUUGAACCCCAUGUGGCUGUGAGGGAUGCAGCCAAGAUGAACAUCCCCACAGUGGGCAUUGUGGACACCAACUGCAACCCAUGCCUCAUCACUUACCCUAUCCCUGGCAACGACGACUCGCCCCAAGCUAUCCAGCUCUUCUGCAAGCUCUUCCGGACAACCAUCAACAGGGCCAAGGAGAAGAGGAGGCAGAUGGAGGCCCUGCAUCGGCUGCAGAGUCCCAAGGGGUCCGAGGGCAGUGGGACAUCUCCUGUGCCUGAUAAGAGCCAUUCCCCAUAACAGAAAGCCCUUCUCCCACACUAGAUAGCCAGCCCUCUUCUGAGCAGGAAGGUCCUUGUCCAACCCUGGUCUGUGUCCCCACUCCCUGUCCUCAGCAUCAGCACCACAGUCCUAUUUCCUUAGAUAUGGCCACCCCAAAGUCCAAUGAUCUUGAGCUAACCCUUAUCUGUCUCUUUUCUGGGAACAAACUCAGGUAAAGUACCUAGUCACAUGGCCUCUGGCAUCCAUUAAGACUUGAACAUAGCUAGCCAAGUUUCCGCUUUUCAGUUAAAAUUAAUCCUCCAUUGUCUGCUAAUUAAUCCUUCAUUCUCUGAAGAAAAUUCCAAGCAAAACCAACACUGAUGUCCCUCAGGACCCCCAGUAGUUGCCUCUAGACCUGUAACCAGGCUAAGCAGGCUCCCAGAGGGAAGAUAGGAAGUAUAGUCCAUGCAUUGUGCUGCACUACUAAAGAACUUAAUGAGUUUGCUAAUUCAUUCAAGCAGAAGUCUGGGGAAUAUAUGUGGGAAUGGAUUUUAAAGGUUUGGGGUAAUGGAAAGAACAUAAAACUGAAUCAGGCUGAGUUUUAUGGAUAUGGGCUUCUCUGGAGCUCUUAUGUUUAAUAUGGAAGCUCGCACAGUGAAAAAAGGUGUCAAAAGUUUGUUCCAUGUUUGGCUGAAGUAUUUUUUAAAAGAACCUACUGAUGGGAGCACAAAAGUCCUUGAGCCCACAGAUCACCAAGGAAACCAGGAAUGUUAAUCACAUAGGGUUGACUCCCCAAAGAAGGAAAUCCAUACCUGUUUCCCACCCAGAGGACUGGGCGUGGAUGUUGUUAAUGACCUGGUGACCUUUGCUAUUUGUAGAGCCAGACCUCACCCAAAUGCCCCCUAAAUGUUUGUCUUGGACUCUUCCUUCCUAGACCUUUAUUUUUAACUUAGUUUCUCCACCAAUAAAAUCCAUGCUUAGGGGAGAUGUCACAAGUAUUUUAUAACCUGCUGACCUCUACAUUAUCUUGGUCAGAGACCAUACCAGAUCCUAGGCCCUUAAGCUAUAGGACCCAUCUUUGUGGUCGGUGUACUUUGAGCUGAGUUUCAAUGUAAUUAUGCCUCUUAUACCCGGGAUUGUAUUACAUCAGGAAACUUUUCCAGAAUUGUACUAUUUUAAUAUAUGUUUACAGUAAACCA